CACGCAUGCUAGUGUAAGAGUGCACGUGUUUUAUAAUUAUCACUCAACUUGAAUUAUUGGUAAUCACUCAACUCGAAUUAUUAGUAAUCACUCAAAUCGAAAUAUAGUGAAGUGAUAGUGAUAAUAUGGAACCUGUAAACUUAUUAGAACUUAGCGAGGCUGAUUUGAAGAAAUUCUUAAGUUCCUUCGACCAUGUGUUCUCAGAUUGUGAUGGUGUUGUUUGGGAAACAAGGAACCCCAUGCCGGGCGCGGGGAAGUUCUUCGAGCUGAUGAAAAGGCUGGGGAAGACUGUUCACUUCGUCUCCAAUAAUAGCUUAAGAACAAAAGCCGAUUACGAAGCGAAGUUCAAAUCAGCCGACAUUAAAGAGGGCUAUGAGAACCUCACUAUACCAUCUACCGCCAUCGCUGAGUACCUCAAAUCGUUGCACUUCGACAAAGCUGUGUACUGCGUGUCAUGUCCUGAAACCGUUGCAGUGCUGACGUCACAUGGAUUCGAGUGUAAAGAAGGGCCUGAAGUAGGCACGUACUACUAUAGCGACUACAUCGAGUACCUAACCGACGACGAAGAGAUAGGUGCGGUGGUUUUCGACAGCGACUUCAAAGUGAACCUGCCCAAGCUAUACAAAGCACUCACCUACCUGAGGCGCCCAGAAGUGCUCUUUAUCAACGGCGCUACUGACAGAUACGUGCCUUUGAAAGCGGGCGUCUUGACCUUAGGCACAGGAGUGUUCAGUGACAUAGCUAGCGAAGAAUCAAAACGCAAACCAGUAUUGCUCGGGAAACCGGGUAAAAUGUUCGGUGAAUUUGCCAUGAGACGUGCAGGAGUUUCGGACCCUAGCCGUGUGCUGUUUAUCGGGGACAUGAUAGAACAAGACGUGGGAUUAGGAAGAGCUGUAGGCUUCAACACAUUACUCGUGUUAACCAACAAAACAAAAGAAGAAAUGAUGUCUCACGAAACACUCAAACCAGAUUACUACGCUGAUAAUCUUGGCAGUAUAGUUCCUAUUUUAGAACCGCUAGUCAAAUAAAUGAUAGUUAAAUUAAAAUAUUUUAGUUCCUUUUCUAAUAAUUAUAUUUAUUUGAAGGGCGCAACAGAGUUUAUGUUUUCUGUGAUUGUACUAAAAUUUCGUAGAUAGAUAAGUCUAUAGACAAAUAGAAAACAGGCAUUGCAAUCGCUCUAAAACGAGGAAACUUAAGCGCCAAGAAACAAGACAAUGUGAUUUAGUAUUUAGUGGAAUGACACGUGUUGUUUUUAUAUUUAAACUGAACAAUGAUGAAAUUUUUAAGUGUUUGGGAUGUAAAAAUCGGUUGAAUAAAACAAAAAGAAGUUGGUUUAUCUUUUGGUUUACAGCGACAAUCCAGACAGCACUGUCUAUUUACUUUUCUGUCUACGUAAAAUGUCCUUUGCUAAGUUGAACAUCAAUGAGAUUGUCGUAUCAACGAUAAAGAAUGCUUAUAAUGCCACAAACUUAUCUGACCCGGUGUGGGUGUCGCUGUUGUCGCGCUUUUAGUUGUUGCUUUAGCCCGCAUUUGCACGUGAGUUUUUUUAACGGACGUUAAAAAAGCGUUUAAAGUUAAGUUUUACGUAUGGAGUUACAUGAAGGUCUAUACAGGUUCCAACGCCCAAAAAAUGCAACACUGCUCGGAAAAACACGUCGUGUUUUAAAAACGCUAUCGUAUGAACAUAUACUUGGGAAUGUAUUUGUUGUAUUUAACGGUUUUUUAACUUCCGUUAAAAAACUCUCGUGCGAAUGCGGGCUUAGUUUUGUUGAUGUGCAGAUCUUUUCUUCACGUGGAAUAGGCGAAGGUACGGGCCUCGAGACUGAGCCUCCUUGCCCGGGUAAGGCGUGGGGAUUUUGCUCCCCCAGUCAUUUUCUUCCAGCCCUUUUCGGUGCUGAGGCCUUGUAGCCUAUGGGCAUUGAUCUAGGAUUAUUUACUAGGAGGGGGGGGGGGAGGCUGGCCCCCGGCAUUUGUAUCGUAAUAGAAUUCCAUAUUGGUAGCCAGUCGGGUGGGCACAGGUCCAUUCUAGGAUGGGCAUUUUAGACUGAACAUGCUUAUUUUAUUAUAAUAGAUUGUGAUGCAUUUUUAAAUGAAACUCUGAAGUUCCUUCACGUUUAAAAGACAUUCAUCUCAACCUCCGACUUUACAAAUAGACAAACAAAGUUUUGUCCAUUAUGAAACCAAAUUUAACUAAAUACUUUCAUUGUCAUCAUUAACAACCCAUAUUCGGCUUACUGUCAAGGACGAGGCUCCUCUCAGAAUGAGAGGGAUUAGGCUAGUAGUCCACCACGCUUGCCCUAUGCAACUUGGCAGACUUUACACACGAAGAGAAUCAAGAAAAUUCUCAUAAAAUAGGUAUUAUAUUUCCUGUGCACUGGACCGAAUUCGAACCAACGCCCUCCGAAUCAAAGACAAAGGUCACAUCCACUGGGCUAUCACGGCUUCAUAUUAUACUUAUAGGAAUACUUAAUUAGUAUCGUAUCAUUAUAUUUUAAGUGCUUUUUAUGUUAAAUGUAUAAAAAAUAAAAUUAAGGUGAUAUUUCCAAAUUGUUGUUACCAAUUCGAAUAUGAUAAAUUAAAAUACGUAACAAAAACA